AAAAAUACCUAUUUUUAAAAUGACACGCGGAAAUCAAAGAGAAAAUGAUAGAAUUAGAGCUCAAAAAAAGCAAGAAACAGCAAAAAAAAAAAAAAAAUGCAAUACGAAUUUUAGAAAUGCCUUAGAACUUCAAGCAGAAAUUAUGAGACAGAAACAAAAACUUUCUGAUGAAAAAAAAGUAACGCAAAGUACAAAUAAUAGUAAAAAAUGCUAA